UGCCUCAAAAGAAGAAAACAACGACAAGCUGAAGCUCUCUCAUCUUUCUAUUGUGAGAAUCCUAGAACCGUACACCUUCUUAUCGUCUCCCCCAUCGUUUAUCCGUCAAGACUUGUUCUUCUAAAUUUUCGUUGGGUAAAUUGUUACUUCGUUUUAUCACAAAAAUUUCUUCCAUCACUGUUUACUUAAAUCUAAGUUCUUUCAUUUUGCGUUCAUUUAUUGGGAUCGUCCCUUUUUUGUAAAGUUCUUAGCCUUUUCUGCGUUUUUUAGCAAUAAAAUUCACGAAAGCAACUUUUCGUGAUCUUUUUCAAUUGCUUGCUCGAUUUGGAGAAAUUUCCUAUUUAGGGAUUGUUUCCCUUUUUUGCGCCUUUUUUCUAAUCACUUUAAUCUCUCUUGUUCUUCAAGCGAUGAAGUAUAGAACUUUUUUUUAUUUGUGUAAAGGGAAGUAUACAAAUUUUGAUGACGGAUUUUCUCGUAAUUGUGAUGGGCGUCUUGUUUUAUUUUAUUUCUCUUUUAAAGUGAGGAGAAUUGAAGAACCCUAAUCUGAUUUCGCGAUGGGACAGUGGUUCAUCAUACUCUACCCAACAUGCAUCUCAAGGCCCCUGAACAUCAGGUUGCAGGACACAUCGCUAGAGACGGGAAGCCUGGUCCCCUUGUGGACGACAAGGGCCGGUUCUUCAAGCCACUACAGGGCGAUUCAAGGGGUGAAAUAGAAGUGAAGUUCUACGAAUCUUUCUCGUCAAACACAAAGGUCCCAGAUCACAUCCGUAGAUAUUUCCCAGCCUAUCACGGCACUCAAGAAGUUGAAGGCUCUGAUGGAGCAGCCAUGAUUGUGCUGGAAAAUCUUCUUUCCAAGUACUCAAAGCCAUCAGUGAUGGAUGUCAAGAUGGGUUCAAGAACAUGGUACCCUGAAGCAUCCGAGGAAUACAUCCAAAAAUGCUUAAAGAAAGACACUGGAACAACCACCGUGUCAUCUGGUUUCAGGAUCUCUGGUUUCGAGGUGUAUGAUCACAAAGAAUUGAGUUUCUGGAAGCCUAACAGGAAGCUUCUUAACGGGAUUAAUGUCGAUGGCGUGAGAUUGGCUCUGCGGAAGUUUGUAUCAUCAAACACACUUUCUGACACGAGUUCGAAACCCGACUCUGCUUUUGCGUCCAGCGUUUACGGCGGUUCUAACGGGAUCUUAACGCAAUUGUUGGAGCUCAAGACCUGGUUUGAGAACCAAACGUUUUACCAUUUCAACUCUUGUUCGAUUCUAAUGGUCUAUGAGAAUGAUUCCAUCUUAAAGGGAGACGAUGAUGCUCGAGCACAAGUCAAGCUGGUGGAUUUUGCUCAUGUUCAUGAUGGUAAUGGCGUCAUUGACCAUAACUUCUUGGGUGGACUCUGUUCUUUCAUAAACUUCAUUCGUGAUAUCCUUCAGAGCUCAGAUGAGUCUGCAGAAAAGUGACACUGUUCCCCUUGAAAGGGCAUUAGAUUUUGUUUCUAUGGUUUUUUCAUUUUUGCUUGGCUGAUUCGAUUAUAUACCAUGUCUCCUUCGAAUGUACUUAGUUAUCUAAAGAGCAUACAUUCGUACUACAACUCUUUUCUCUUCAGUAUUUUUUUCGCAUAUAAAAGGUU